AGAGAGAGAGCGAGAGAGCGAGGGGAAACCAGCUGCUCCACUUAUCUCUGCCAUUUUGAAACAGUCCGCUCGGUGUCGGACCUCUAGCGGAUCAUCCCAAAUCAUGACCUGGUCUUCGACUCGUAUCGGAGCUGAGAAUCUGUAUGACUCCUAAGGUGGUCUCAGUUGAGGCAGACAAGAACAAAAUUCUGAAAAGGCUGAUUAAGAUCACACAAGUUGUCCAUUACAAUGUGCUCCACAAACCAUCCAACUAACUGGGUGACAUUUGAAGAAGAAGGUACACCCCUGUCGUCACCUCAGAAAAACCUUCAGUCUUCGUCAUCAAGCUCAGGGUCAAUUCCUCGCCCAAAUGGCUUGAAACUGGUGCUGCCUCCAUUGGGGAAUCCGUCAAGAAGCUUAUCCAGCCCUCUGGAAUCUCCCCAAAUGCACUUUAGCCUUAAUGGGAGCUCACGUGUGCCCAGCAACACUCCAAUGUGUACUCCUAUUAGGGAGACUCCAACUGGUCCAUCACCCUUUUACUGCAGCUCUCAAGGACAACCUGACUUCUUUAGCAGUUUCUCCAGCACAUCAACAAGCAUCUCUUCUCCUGAGAGAAGCACAGCUAAUUGGACUGAGGCUUCCAGUUCCUUCCCGGCCUUCCAAGAAGAUCCGGGGCACUUUAACCCUUUUUGGAGAGACAGUGAGGGGAAGAGAGACUCUGGAAGCUCCUCUUCAGACUCCGAGCCCAGCUCAACCUUGCCUCGCUUCUUUAUCCGAAGCAAGGAUGGUUAUGAACCACCCCAGGAUCAUCUUCAAAACUCUUACUCCUACAUAUGUCAUAAGCUAGAGCGGCUAAGGGCAAAAGAGGACCAAGAGGAAGGAAAUGGAGAGAGGACAGAUUCCGAUGUAAGGAUACUGAAGGAAACAGAGAUGGGAAGAGGUAUUUCUUCCUUUGUUCCACAGGGACUGUUUCUUAGCCACAGGAGGCAUGGUUGGAACUUAAUGUUGAGGAUUCCAGAAAAAAAGAACCGUAUGUCAUCCCGUCAGUGGGGUCCCAUUUAUUUGCAAUUGCUCUCAGGAGCUGUGCUCCAAAUGUAUUACGAGAAGGGUUUGGAGAAGCCGUUCAAAGAGUUCCAGCUUCAUUCCAACUGUUCUCUCUCAGGACCCAAACUGGAGAGCUAUGGUGAGCAACGCAAGAUUGCAACACUGAAGAUUGAACAUUUGUCGUAUGUGGAACGAAAACGCUAUCACCCCAAGCCUGAAGUGACCCAUGAAGCAGAAGUCGAGCAGCUGCUGAAGUUUGGCACGACAGAGUAUGGUGACAUGGAGGACUUGCUUGUGUCCCUUGAGGAGGAGCUGAUGAGACUACCAGGUCCCCAUAAGCAACAAAAACAUUACGAAGAGCAGGAGCUGUCCCUGCAGAUUGCGGACCACAUCUGGAUGCAACUAGAUAAGAAUGGAGCCACAUUGGAACAUUCGGCCAUCACACGGAUUCACUGUUUGGCCUUCUUGAAUGGUGCAGGGGAAUGUUUUCUUGCACUGAAUGAUCUUGCACUGCUGAGAAGAGACUCUGGAUAUGGCUCCGAGGAGGAUGAUGAGGUGUGGAUGGAGAUCACCGACUACCAUUUCCAUAAGUGUGUGCGAGAGGGAGAAUUUGAAAACACUAGACUGAUCAAAUUCUCACCUCCUGAUGCCUGUAAGGUGGAAUUAAUGCGCUACAAGACUGUAUCCCUCAGUUGUGGCCACCUGCCAUUCUCACUGAGGGCUAUGGUCACCGUGCAGGGUGCCUAUGUUGAGCUCCAAGCUUUCCUCAAUAUGCAGUCAUCCUUCCCUUUCCCUGGUGCAACUUCAGAGACACAACCAAUCUGUGAAAAUGUGCUUAUCCAGGUCCCAUUGCCAGGUGACUGGCUCAAAAUGCCUCGUAGCAUGUCGCUACCAUGGCAGAAAUCUCUAAAGGCCCGCAUGAACAGGAACGCCUGCUUAGGCUCAGUAAAUGUCACAGACUCUCAUCCUGUCAUGCAGGUAACUGUUGGUACAGUCAAGUAUGAGAAUGUGUAUGGCGCCAUUGUUUGGAGGAUUGAGAAGCUUCCUGCUAAGAACAUAGCAGUGGAUCAUCCGCACUCCUUCUCCUGUAAAUUGGAGCUUGCAUCAGAUCAGGAGAUUCCCACUGACUGGUUCCCAUUCAUCACCAUGGAAUUUGAAGUUGCAGACACAGUUGCUUCGCAGACACGUGUGAAAUCUUUGGGAACAGAAAGCGACUUUCAGCCUCAAAAACAUGUCAGCAGUAGAGCUUACUACCAUUGCCAGGUGGAAAUUGAAAAGAAGCUGAUUGAAGCAGAAUCACAGAAACCGUCAAGCUGUGCAACACAGUGAUCCAACUUCAUAACCCCUUAAACAAACGCAUGAAGUGUUCAUACGUUGGUCUUUUGUUUCAUGUUCACAUUUACAUGCAUGACUCCUCCAUAUAAAAGCAUGAAAUCGUGUAAGUGUUUGAUAACCACAAAGGUAACACAAGCAAUAAAACGUACUGCAAUGUUUCAAAGCAAUGCCUGUCCAAAUCCUAUCCAGCAGUCGACAGUAUUGUUGCACUUUAGCCUAUAUCUCAGCUGUUAAUGGAUGAAACAUGAAACACAUGUAAUAAAGUGUUUGCUGCAUUAUAGAUAAAUACUUACAUGAACGUGUAAUAUUAUUUAAUAUGGUUUAUUAAAUCGCAUUUUGUUUCUGCCUUGUGAGCAAUAAACUGACUUAUGCUGUAACAGAAAA